AUGAAAGUUGCAAAAGGUAAAGAUGGAUGUCCCACCUGUGUGCCACCAAAGUGUCCUCCGCCAAAACCGCCGCCGUAUGUCAAGGUCACUGUGACUGGGGCAGCAAGUGGUUGCGGCCGAUAUUGCGCCUUGAUGCUAAAGCAAUGUCCAUUGAUUGACGAGUUGGCGUUACACGACGACAAGGGUUGCGGUCUUCCAGCAGUAGCACUUGAUCUCAGCCACAUCGACACCAGAACGACCAUCACUGCCUACGAGGGACCCGCUAAGCUUAAAGCUGCAGUAAAGAAGGCGGACAUUGUAGCUACAUGCAGCGGUCUUCCACCUAACUCACAUUUAACCGACAUACAGCUAUUCGAAUUAAAUGCAUCAGUUGUUCAUAAAAUUGCAUUGCAUUGCGCUGAAGUCUGCCCGAGAGCUAUGUUCUGUGUCAUCACAUCUCCAGUGACAUGUCUUGUACCAAUGGUCAGCGAGGUAUACAAAAAGCAUUGCGUCUAUGAUCCACGUCGCAUAUUUGGUGUCACCUCUGUAAGUUCUAUGCGGGCCAAUACUCUUGUAAGCAUGGUGACAGGGGCGAAACCUAGUGAAGUUAGCAUACCACUGUAUGGGGGAUAUGGAAGAACACUCACCGUUCCUGUUCUCAGCAGCGAUCAAAGCUGCUGCAGGUUUCCUCCGGGUCAAGUGGAUUGCUUAACAAAACUAAUCCGUGAUGCAGAUGACACAAUUUGUAAUAUGAAAAAUUUCAAAGGCGCUGCAGAUCUUUCUCAAGGGUUUGCUGCUGCCAGAUUUAUCGUAAACAUCGUAAAAGGCAUUCGAGUGGGGCCUACGUGCGUAGAUGGAGCAUUUGUUAGACAAACUAUUCCGGAUAUAGCGAAGAUUGCUCCGUACCUUAACACACAAGUCGAUGUUGAUUGCAAGGGAGUUGUCGAAUACGCCCCUCCGACCCUAUCUCAGCAGGAACAAAAAAUGAUCGAUGAGUCAAGAGCUGAAUUAUUAUAUCUCAUAAAAACGGGUGAGAGUUACGUAACAUGUGAACAUGUUAGUAUGAGACGCAUCAAACGCAUGGUGGAAAAGCAAAGUGAAGCUGAUGUCUCACAAGUUCUACCAUUUAAAGAACAACAGCAAGCUAAGCAAUAAAUUUUAAUAUU